AUGAGCCUGCUUGUGUGUGCGUGCAUCAUGCUUGGUGCGUUGGGGAGAGCGAGUUCUCUGUGUCCUCCUCAGUGUUCCUGUGAUUAUGACGGGAGGAGUGAUGGCUCAGGAUCCAGGUCAGUGCUGUGUACCGAUCUGGACAUGAAUGAAGUCCCCACCAACAUCCCCGUGGACACAGUAAAGCUCCGCAUCGAGAAGACCAUCAUCCACAGCGUCCCCGCGGAGGCCUUCUACUACCUGGUGGAGCUCCGCUACCUGUGGCUGGCGUACAACUCCCUGGCCAGUGUGGAGCCCAGCAGCUUCUACAACCUGAGGGGGCUGCAUGAGCUGCGCUUGGGCGGGAACGCUCUGGCCGCCUUCCCGUGGACCUCGCUGGCCGACACGCCCCGCCUGAAGACCCUGGACCUGCACAGUAACCGAAUCGCCAGUGUGCCCAGCGAGGCGGGCAGGUAUCUGAAGAACCUCGCCUAUCUGGAUUUAUCGAGCAACAGACUCACAACGCUGCCACCAGACUUCCUGGAGAGCUGGUCGCAGGUAGCCAGGACGCCCCCCCGAAGCCCCGAGCCUUCACCAGGGAGAGUUAUCCUGGGCCUGCAGGACAACCCCUGGCUCUGUGACUGCCACCUCUCCAGAGUGGUGGAGCUGGCCAAGGAUGCGGACCCCGGCCUGGUGCUUCUUGACUCCCUCCUGGUCUGCAAUGAGCCCGAGCGCCUCGCAGGGAUCCCAUUCCAGAGGGUGGAGCUGGAGCAGUGUGUGAAGCCGUUGGUGGUGGCCUCAGCCACCAGGAUCACGUCGGCCCCGGGCAGUAACGUCCUGCUGCGAUGCGACGCCACGGGCCUCCCCACCCCUCAGCUCACGUGGACCAGGGACAGCUUGCCUGCCCGUUCCGCAGUAAUUCAAGAAUCUCCGAGAGAUGGAGUCCGAUGGUCCGUAAUAAGCCUGACGGGCAUUUCUUACAAGGAUGCUGGGGAUUACAAAUGCAAAGCCAAAAAUUUGGCUGGGAUGUCGGAAGCCGUGGUGACCAUGACCGUGGUUGGCGUUGUCACAACCACCCGAUCACCAGACACUUCCGACGGCAGGACAGGUGCUCACCGCGACCAGGAGGCCCAGCCAGGACCCGGGCCAUGGAUGUCCACACAUGCUUCACCGCCAUUCCCCGGGCCCUCUUUCCCCUCUUCUUCCUCCCCCUCUCCUCCCACCCCUCUUCCUCCUUCCACUUUGCCUCCCCCCUCCACUGUUUCCUUCUCUUCGUCUCCUUUCUACUCCACGGCUUCCCUCACCACCCUGAGAAGCAGCAUUUCCUCAGGUGCGACCAGCACCAACAGGCAGCCUGUGCAGCCAGCCCCAGAUGGGAGAAGCAGUGCGAAGGUGGAGGCGAAGGAAAGCGAGCUUCCCCCGGCCACUGCCCACAGGAAGGAAGAGCUGGCGCUGUGGGGUUGGGCAGCGCCCACGGAGGCGAAUGCCACCAUAGAGGGCCUGAGGGUGGUCAGCGAGACGGGGGAGAGCGCGACUCUGACGUGGAGCACUGUGAAGGCCAGCCGCCCCUCUGCGGUGACGGUGCUGUACUCCAAGUACGGGCAGAAGCACCUGCUGCUGCUGGACGCAGACGCUAGCAGCAACCGAGUCACCAUAGAGGGCCUGGAGCCCGGGAGCCGGUACGUGGCGUGCGUGUGCCCCAGGGGAGCGCCUCCCCGGAGCGACCAGUGCAUCACCUUUGCCACCCACAGAGCAGAAGAUGGUGACUCCCAGUGGGUUUUCCUCGUGGUGGUGGCUGGUACUGCCUGUGUUGUUGCAGGGCCGUUAAUUUGCUUUUUACUGUAUAAAGUUUGCAGACUACAGUGUGGGUCAGAAUCUUUCUGGGAAGAGGAUUUGGCAAAAGAGACUUACGUCCGGUUUGAGACCCUGUCACCCGAGUCUCAGAACGUAAGGGAGCUUUGGACCCGAAGGCAGAGAGACGAUUCAGAGAAACUGCUGCUGUGCUCCAGGUCAAGUGUGGAAUCGCAGGUGACUUUCAAAAGCGAGGGGUGCAGACCAGAGUGCCAUCCCUGAGGCCUGGGCCCAGGU